AAAUUGGCAAUCCUUGAAGGUCACACUGAUCAUGAGUCGCCUCAAUCAAGUUCUCCAAGCCAGACGUGGUGAGUACCCAUGAUCUCCAACUGCAAAAUGAAUGCUCAAAACGAUCCUAGUCUUGGGAAACUAGGCUGGUUUUUCCGAGGCAAGCGUCACCAAGACAGUUUGUGGUCUUGGGUUGUGUGUUUUUCAGCAAUGAUUUGUAAUGCUCUUGGCCUUGGCUUUGCUCUAAGUUACGGAGUUCUGCUUCCUGCGUUUAUGGACUAUUUUGAUGAGACAAGAGAAAGAACUGGUGAGUGAUGAAAAUCAUUUUAACUUCCUUAACUAGUCAUCACAUAAUAAAAGGUGUAUGCAGUCUAAGAUCCAGUUGAAUGGCAGUUGAGUAGAGCAUUGCUUAACUCUAGCUGACAAUUGAUGAUCGAAGUGGUGGAAUAUUUGAAUAUCACAAUAAAUGGGCGGAUUUAGAAUGGAGGCUUUGCAAUAGGGGGUCCGUGGCGCCUUGGCAUGUCUGAAAUUGUGUUUUAAAAUUUACAAUUUAAUAUAUUUAUCUAGUCAUAUUUGUUUAAUCGGUCCUAAUUCAAAAUCAUUUGGACGACGGCUAAUUUAUAAGUUCUCCUCAGUUUCCUACUGUAACCGAAUACGUCGGGUUAAGCGUUCGAAGUAUAUUUGCAAUACGGUCGAAAAAGGUGUCUGUGAAAGCUAAGGUUUAAGUGAUUAUUGCUGGUUUUAGGUUCUGUGACCAGAAUGAAAAGUUAAGUACCUCUUAAGGUAAUGGCUAUCUUGUUCGACUUGCACUUAUACACGAAGACAAGGGACGCGAUCCAUUCAACCAAAAUUCAGACCGGUCCGACCGGGAAAAGAGGACCACCUCAAAAGGUGGACCUGUUUUUUCGAAACUUUUCCGGUUGGACCGAACCGAUCCAUUGAGUUUUGGACCGAAAUUUCCGGAAAUUUUGGUUGAAUGGAUCGCGCCCAAGGUCCAAUUUCUCUAACCUGUAGACUGAGUGGAGUAACGCGAUUAAAAAUAAGUAAGGUAAACAAAUAAGAUUAAAUUUUGAAUGUUUUGACUGAGCUGGGGACGAAUAGCGAGAGGUCAAUUAUUUUGCGCGACAUACGAGAUUUUGAGCGAAAACUAUACGGUAGAGCUUAGCCAUGCUUUGGAAUAUUUAAAUAUAGCACAUAUCAAGUUCCUUAUAUUCCUUACAUUCAAGGGCACCCAACGACAAUUUUCGGAAAAAUAUCUGUUCGGAAGACGAUUUGAGAUCUAGAAUUUUCGGAACAUUUGUUGUAAAAUUUCUUGCUUGCCUCCCUCUCCUAGGAUUUUCGAACAUCUUAAAAAUGGUAUAAUUGCACAUUUUUAACGGAUUUUUACCCUAAAAAGGUCACCUAGAAUUUUCGGGAGCCUUUUUUCUGGCUGAAAUUUUCGAAAAGGUAAGUUUUGAUCCCUAUAAUUUUCGGAUCACUAGACUUUCAGCUAGGAAUUCCGAACAGAUGAAAAAUUUUUAGGGGAUAAAAAUAUGCCUUUAUCUCCCGUUUAAAUACUAAAAUACGUUUAACAAUGCUAUGUUUAAUUGCUUUUGAACUAUAUUCUCGUUGGGUGCCCCUGUACAUUGCUUAUGGUUGAUCAAUUUUCGAUUGUCAUAUGUUAUUGCAAGAUGUUGUCAGCUAUCAGCAAAACUUCACCAUGGUUUACUCUUAUCUUCGAGGUUUUCUGCUGAAAAAUUAAUUCGAUGAUUUUUCUCGGAGUAAAGGGCUGGCGCGAAUGUGAAGCGAGCGAGCAAGUGACUCUACACGUUCCUGUGUUACGUAACUACCAAUUUGAAGCAAGUAAAACGCCUGUAGCACGUUUUAAGAUUCGAGGUCAUUAGUAAAACUAAACAAGCGGUAAGUACAAAACAAAAGCUUUUGCUUGCGCUUUAUGCUUAGCAUAUUUCUCCAGCGAUUAAUCCUAACAUAGAGAUUAAAUCAUAAAAAAAAAAAUGAAAAACGACUCUUAACAACAGCAUAGGUAAGCCUAACAGCAGAGCUCCUUGUAAACAUCCACUUGAAACCCAACUUUAAGCCAUUGUGUGCAAACUAAUUAAACUGGUUGACCGUAGUCGACAGCAGAACUUAGUUCAAAUGGCACAGUCUGCGUUUCGGGCCCAAAAAUUCCAUACUGAUGACUUAAAUGUUUUCGUAACAGGUCAUUUCCGAGUUCCAAAAACUCUCACGUUCAAAAUCCAAGUGCAAAACCCUUCUUGUGAAAGUUUAAGUUUAUUUGCGUGAAAAUAAGAAAAACAUUUUUAUAUCAAUGGCUUUGCACUUAGCCUCUCGCUUUAAAACAGAGGCUUGGGGCAACUCGUUGAUUCGUAAAAUCCCUGGAAAGAUGAAGAGGACUGGAAUUGAGGAAUAUAUAAAUUUCAUUUAUUGCAACCGCAGAAUGAAGAAUUAAAUGCAAAGGUAGAGUAAAAAAAAAUUAGUAAAAACCUGAGAAUGUGGAUCGGCAAAUUCAGGGAACACUUGGGAUCAUUGCAGUGAUCUUUGCUUGUUUGGUGAGAACAACCACGAUCUUAAGAAGGACCCUAGACAGGCCUAAGGGUUUUAGGAUAUAGCUAGAUGUUUCGGGGAGACAAGGCCACCUCAGUGGUAUGACACUUGCACUUGAACAUAACAACAACAAUAGUAAUAAUAAUAAUAAUAAUCAUAAUUAAUAACAAUAAUAUGCGAUUCCAAAAAUAUCCGAAUUCGUAUGGACGGGACUUUACACUUCAACAAGUUAUUUACUAGCAAAUAGAGUCCCAACAUUCUUAUCAAAAUUUUCUGGAUGAUAACAUAUGAUAAUGCGGGAAGUCUUAGUUACUCAUUAAAUAGCUACGACUUCCUGCAUAGUAAUUUUAGCCUCCUGACCAAACGUCACAUUUUUGAUUUAAUUGGCGCUCCCUCUUUUUUUUCUUUCUGCCCUUAUUGUCCCCUCUCCUUUUCCCUUUUUGCAGAUGCCAUGCAAACCAAGUCAGGCCUGUACCCUCGUUACAACUGCGCUUUUUCUAGCCCCCAACUAAGCUCUUUGUUAUUAUGGGAGUUUUUAAAUCAUUCCUGUGUGUAAAUUCCACAGUACUGUCAGACACACCUCUAGGGCAUUGCGGUCUGUUGAAUACCUUUAAAUAAAAAUAUUGACCACUGCAGGAGCACUGUUUUUGAAGUUGGAUAACAAAGAUGUCAGUAUAACAUAUAUUUUGCUAAAAACUAUAUAUAUAUGUAACAGUGAUGUGUAUGUUCUGACGUACUUGAAUAAAACGAGUCAGUAAAAACAUUUAUGAAAAAGCUGUUCAGUGUGAAAUCAUUCUAAAAUAUUUUUCAGGCCUCGCUUCGCGGCUUAAAAAUAUCUAAAUAAUUGCGUUACUCUCGGCCUUCAUAAACUAAUCAAGUAAGGUAACAGGGUAGUGAAGCGGUAACAACUGUUAACUAUUUCAGUGUUCAUUAAAGAAGGAUGUAGAAUGAGUCAUUAUAUGUUUUAGCAGGACUGGUUAGAGACGCGGCAAUUACGAGUCGACUAGCAAGCCACUGUGUCAUUUGGACGUUUGCAUGCUAAGAGAUAUUUUUAAAGGGUUAAAAAGGGUCUGUGUCACGAGGAUAAUGCUGUUUUAUGUUUAUUCUGUACUGAUUAGUCACAACUUAGUGCGGCUUGACCCAUACACAAAAUACUUUUCAGAGUUAUCAGGGGCACCUAAAGAGAAUAUAGUUCAAUACCACUUAAACAUAGCAUUGUUAACCGUAGUUUAGUAUUUAAACAGUAGAAAUAGGCAUAUUUUUAUCCCCUAGGAAUUUUUCAUCUGUUCAGAUUUCCUAGCUGAACGUCUAGUGAUCCGAAAAUUAUAGGGAUCAACACUUACCUUUUCGAAAAUUUCAGCCAGAAAAAAGGCUCCCGAAAACUCUAGAUGACCUUUUAAGGGUUAAAAUCCGUUAAAAAUGGGCAAUUAUAACACUUUUUUUGAGAAGUUCGACAAUCCUGGGAGAGGCAGGCAAGCAAGAAAUUUUACAACAAAUGUUCUGAAAAUUCUAGAUCUCCAAUCGUCUUCCCGAACCGGAUAUUUUCCGAAAAUUGUCGUUGGGUGCCGCUGAGUUAUAAAGAAUAUGUCAAACAAAUGUCCGUAGGGUGCACUAACCAUAACAAUUUUUUGGUGACUUUUUCAAAGUAUUAACACAUGAAAAGGUUGGCCCAACUUUUCCAAGUUUCAAUCCAUGUCCAUCCUUGCCGUCCGUUGCAACAACAGAAAACAGUUUCGAUCAACACCUAAAUAUAGUCUUAAAUAACAAAACCUGACCACCAUCUUUGUAAUUCAGUUGAUUCGAAGACACGUUUUAGCUUUUUAAAGAGAUAGCAAAUAGCUUGACAUAGUGCCUUUAAUCCUCUGAAAAUCAUGAAACCAACUGUUGCAUAAUUUAAAGGUUUGUUGAGACGCUCACGCUUCAAACGCUAGCCUUCGCCAGAGCGAACCAGGGUAUUGUGGUUUGUGUGUGUGGUUUACGUUAUGACGUGGCUGCUUUUAGUUUUGUCUUUGACUAUUGGGAUUUUUAAGGUUUUCAGUCUUAUUUAUAGGGUACCCAAACGAUUUUUUUGUAGUACUGUGCUAGUUUCUAAUUAAUUAACAGUUCAUGGUCCAAGUUAAUUCAAUGUUUAGCCCACACCGAUAGUUCCUGAGUUUUUUUGGUAGUAUCGUCUUUUUGAAGGAUUUGUUAAACUGAAAUGAAGUUCUUGAAGUAGGCAUGUUCGGGGAUUAUAGCUGACCUUGGGUUUUACCUACACUGGAGUUACUGUCUUUUUUGUGUGUGUGCUUAGUCCUACUGCGCAAUUUUACCGCUAGCAUUUUUGGUUCUUUGGUACUUGUCAAUGACGAAAGUGUAAACUGUUCUACAGGAUAUGCAUAACGAGCCGCGCGUUCUUAGCAACCAAAAAAUCCCCAGUAUCCAGCUGAGAUCCCUGAAUUUUAGUCCGCGAUCUCUACUAGAUACCCAGUAGUUUGUAACAUUCACUAUUCCGUUGAUCUCUGAUCGUAAUAUGAUAGAGGCGUCAAUUAUGCAACAAAAUGAACAGCUCUGGUUUCGGUUAAAAUUAUAUUGUAAUUUGCGGUAGUUGACCGCAGAACUGUUACGAUGAUGGAUACUCAACUCUUUUAACUUGCGGAAAGCUGAGGCUUGUGAUGAACGGAAAGUUCUCACGGUCAGCUAACAUAAACACGACUACAAUUUGGUUAUUUAAUUCGCUGGUGAUAGGCUUGUUAGUUAUUAGUUGUAGCCGAAGAACUUAGAAGUAAGAGGCUGCUUCUGUAAGAGAAUAAAGUGCUGUGAAGGAACAGAGUCUCGGAUGGUACCACUUGUUAAUUGACUGGGCGAGUACAUUUCCACCCAACUCUUAUCAUUUAUAUACGGGACGUAGGCGGGGAACAUGAUAAAGGGAAAAACAAGAAUUUUAAGAAUUAUAAUAGUAACAAGAACAAUAAUAACUAUAUAGUAGCCAAUCAGAUGAGUCGUUUAGUUAAGAUGUAUCAUUAUCUUUUGUUCGCAGUCAAGACCCUGAAAAUCUAGUUAGAAACUUGAUAGCAGUUUAACAUAUAACCAAAUGCAUGCAGGCUUAUACCCAAAGAAAGAUUUUUGUACUGCGCGAAAAUUUAACAGUACUUGAAAGAUCCCACUGAGUCGCCCUAAUCAAGUUCUCCAGGUCAGAUGCGGUGAGUUCUGAUCUCAAACAGAAAAAUGCGUGCUCAAGAAGAUCCUAGUCUUGGGAAACUAGGACAGUUUUUCCGAGGCAAGCGUCACCAAGACAGUUUGUGGUCUUGGGUUGUGUGUAUUUCAGCAAUGAUUUGUAAUGCUCUUGGCCUUGGCUUUGCUCUUAGCUUCGGCGUUCUGUUACCCGUGUUAAUGGACUAUUUUGGCGAGACAAGUGAAAAAACUGGUGAGUGAAAAAAAUACUUUUAAUUUCCUUAGUGAUCACCCUUCAGUAACGCAGGAACGUAGAUCACCCCCGUGCGUACGGCUGAAAUCUGCAUGAAAUAAUAUAUAAAUUUUUUAUUUCCCUAAGUAUUUUUAUCGUUUAAUCGGGAUAACCGACGCAUUUUUCGCCAUCAAGAUCAUUCUCUCUUGUCGCAAUAUAGUGGUGUCUUUGUGUGUUUUCUGUAACCUUUCAUUAUUCCGUAAACCGAUGGCAAGAAACGUUAUAGUGGGGUGAGAAACGAAAAAAAAUGUACUCUUCGCUGUCCCCUCUUAACAUUUCCCUUCCUUUGUUUGGAGCGCCUUCUAAAUCUCACGAUAUCCCCCUGAAAGGCCCGGUUGAAGUUUUGCUUAACUAGCACUGACCCAAUUUUAAUCGUGGUAAAGGCUAUAUAUCUUGUUCGACUGGCAAUUGUAAGAAGAGAAGUUCUAAAUUCUCUAUUUUAAACCAGUACUACGUAAUUAAGAGAUGAGAGACUGAUGGAGGUAAGGCGAUCUCUAUAAGUUAGAUCCAGCGAACUGGGGUUUAGUUAGCGACCAUUUAUUUGUGCAACGCAUGACAUUUGGAGGAAGAACUAACUGGUCGAGGUUAGCUAAAUGACUCCUUGAACGACAGAAAUGGAAUAAAUGGCUACAGACCACAUGUUAUAUUCUUUACGUUUCUUACAUAUUUUCUGGUUGAUCAGUUUUAUUCUCAGAAUUAAACUAUUGCCGGAUUUAUUUUUGUCUAUCAGCCAAAAUUCAUUAUGGUUUCCUGUCAGCGUCGAGGUUUACUGUUAACUAUAAGUCGGACCGUAAUUCGAUAAUGUUUCCCCGGAUAAUCAAAGAGCUGGCAGCGAGCGAGUACGUGACCCUGCAGCUUCCUGAGUUAUUUGAUUAGAGCGUUUAAGAAAAGCGCCUGCGGUAUUAGAUUCAGUUUUAUUUAAUUUGAGACCAAUCUACGUAGCCUCCCACGCAGACGUUCUUAGGGGUUCGUCAUACGUUCCUACGUGUUCCUGCUCCGUGGGCUAAGACCAAUCCAAAACAAAGCCUUCUCUUGGGCUCUAUUUUUAGUACAUUUCCCUAUUGAUGUACUCGACCUAUGCUAGGUUUGUAAUCACUAAAGAAAACAGUCUCUCAAUAUAGGUUGACCAGACCUAAAGGCAAUUUACUUCUAAUCAAUUGCAUGCAAGGAAAUGUAACUAGACAACCUUAAAACCGACAGGAAACUUUGGUGUAAAGGCACAGAUUUGCAAAAUCUCUGUUGUGUGUGCUGCUUGACGCUCUGCAGGCGUCUUACGGGCUCCCUAGUCUUCACGCAAACCCUACAAUUGUUCAUUGUUCAUUGUUCAUUGUGAACUGAUUUUACUGGCUUACGUCUUCCCUUAGAAAAAUGGAAGAUAAUUAUGACCGUGAAGGUGCCAACAAAAACAAACUAAAAUAUGUUUUAGAAAAGCAAGUCGUUGGCAGCUCUAAAGGACCAUCGUCACAAAUUUAGCAACAUUCAAAAAGCGAAAACUGCAAUCCAGUUUUAUGGCAUAACCGUUAAAACAUCAAAGAAAAUUAUAAAUUUGAUAGCAAAUAUUGGAAAAGUCAAGGAUAUACAAACUUGAAGUUUUAAAUGGAUUGCAAUUAUGGUUUUUGAAACCUUUCCAGUCUAACAGUCCUUCAAACUUCAUUUUUGUCGGUCUGUAACGUUUCAGUACUAGGGAGACACUUGUUUUAGGCGAAGCAGAGAUUUUGUUAUUUACAUGCAAGUAAUUUUCUGGACGAUUGAAAUUGUAAAGAGAAUAAGGCCGCGUAUUUAACAAUAGGGACUUUAAGGUCCAAAGACGCGUCGGCAACAAGAACGUCGGCAAUUUGCGGGAAAAGAGAAUUUGCAUUCUUUGAGUCUUUAUCCGAUUUUUCCUCCCACUUACUUUGUCAGUCAGGCGAACCCUCCUGAAGUUGAAUUCCAAGGGAUCAUAUCAAAGUUCAGAAAGAGAAAUAAAAUUUCGCCUUUGCUUGUUUACGUUCUCCCAUAGUUAAUUGAGUGGAAUGGUUAUGAAACCCGUCAGACUCCUUUGUUAUAUGUUUUUGUGGACCUGAAAGUGCACAACGUUCAAAAGAAUUCCUAUCAUUUUGAUUGUAUUGACCAAUAAAAACGUUGCAUUAAUUUAUUCCGUAACAAUUUGCCAACAGAAAACAAAGGAUUGUGCACUUUCACGGUACUUCCAACAUAAACUGCAGCACUGUUGUUUUUAUCAUUGAUGUUUGCCGCUUUUCAUAACCAGUUUCCUCAAAUAACUAUGGUUCUCCAUAGGGUUGAUUUCCAGUGUCGCGUAAUUUUUACGUGCGUGGGUGCGUUCGCAAAUAAAAUAGAGGCAAUGCAUGAAAGGUCGCUUGCAAACGUAAAAGUUGAACCUCGCUUAACUUCUCGUUUAAGCUCAGCACUUUUUAUCUUACCUUACGAGCGUCAACGUGCGUAACCGCCAAAAACGCGUCAGUGGAAAUCAACCUUAAAACGCUAAUUCAGGCCCCGUCCGCACAUAUCCGUUUUUGUUUGAAACGGCGAUUUUUUUUCUCCAGUUUGGCCUACCGUCCACACGCAUUAGGUGAAAACGAUCACCGAAAACGCAUCUUUUCAAAAACGCUCUCCAGAGUGAAGAUUUUUGAUAAACGCUGGCCACUCGUUUACGCGAGGAAGGACGAAAACGGACGAGGUUUUCGAAUAGUUUUCGAUGUAGUACAUCAUUUACUACUACCAUAACGCAUCCUCAGCGGGCGAAAACGAUUCGAAUACGCUACGUGUGGACGUGUAUAAGUUUUGAAAACGGAGGGAAAAAAAUCUGUUUUCAAAAUUAUCCGGAUAUGUGUGGACGGGGCCUUAGGCAUUUUCACGUCGUGGUAAUGCAAAAACGGCAAAGAAUUGUACAAAGAAGUGUGGUGAACGUUCGACCUUCUCGUUGCCAUCACGUCGUUAGAUCUUAGGCCUAGGCCAAACGUCAAACUUUUCAUGAGACGAACCAAACUCUAAUUUGGAUCGACCUAAAUUAAGCUAAGAUCGUCUGUUUGGUCAGACGUCGAACCAAUCAACGUGACCAGAUCAGUAAUAAAUUUUCUCCCGAACGAGGCUAAAUGUAUAUUAUCACACAAAUUUUUAAUAUAUUGGUUUGGUGAUCGUCGCAAGCGAAGAUCGACGAGUUGGUCCCGGAGACGAUCCGUUCUAUCCGUCUGCUUCAGACGUGAUCACGAUCCAAACUCAUUCAGACGAAGUUGACUUAGCCAGACGUCAAGAUUUUUAUGAACUUAACUAAGUUUGGUUUGUCGCAUGAAAAAUUCGACGUUUGGUCUGAGCCAAAGUCACUAAUCGAACGACCGUCGCCGUCGCCGUCGUAAGAAUGUAAGGUGAAUUAUCUUGCAGCAUAUGCGUAUAGCCAUGGCAUUUUUCGUUUAAAACUCUUAUUAGAAAUUUCAACAGGCAAGUACGACGGUUAUUGCCGCAAAAAAUGGAUCCACCAACAAUGUUUCUCAUCGAGCACUCUUUGAAUAAUUACUAAAGGCCCGUACAAACGGAUGCAACAUUGUUAGCCAACAACUCCCAAAAUUGUUGGAUGUUAAAUGUUCAGUCCGUUUUCAAACCCUGUGACAUGUUGUUACGUUUUGUUGGGAGUUGUUAAGCCAAAAUUUGAAACCGGUCAAACGUUUAAGCCAACAACUCCCAACAUUUCUUUUACUCAGUGAUCACCGAAGUGUAGCGCAGCAAUGUUGUAUCCGUUCGUACAGCUCAUGCAACAUUGUUGGGGCCACGCACGCACAUUACACAUGGUUUCCAUAUUCUUAUAAGUUGUAUCCUUCCCACGAUGCACGGCAUGUCCCAACGUUGUUGGAAGUUGUUGCAUCCGUUUGCACACAACUGCCAACACUGACGUAACAACUCACACUAUUGUUGGCCCAACAAUCUUGGGAGUUGUUGCGUCCGUUUGCAAGUAGCUUAAGAUAUCGUGAAGAUGACUAUGACGUAGACGAUAAGUAUGAGGGUAUAUCUAUGACAAAAUUCAAUAGCCUAAAUAAAAGUGAAAAGGGUUAAGUCAACUCUAAAAUAUACCGAGUCAAAGUUGGUAAAAUUAAGACCACGCUAAAAGGAAGAAAUACUAAGCAAAGCAACCAUCACUUAGGUAUCACGCAGAAAAAGGCAUCACGCUAAAAGGCAACACGCAAAAAGGGAUAACGUAAAGAGGCAACACUCAAAAAGGCAUAACGCAAAGAGGCAACACGCAAAAAGCAUAACGCAAAAAGGCAGUACGCAAAGAGGCAACACGCAAAAAGGAAUAACACAAAAUUGAAGUACGAAAAGAGGCAUAAAUGCAAAAAGACAACAAGCAGAAAGGCAUCGCAAAAAAGGCAAUUUGCAACAAGGGCAUCAUGUGAAAAGUUUACUUAGGAUACAGGCCUGGAUCUUAAACAGUAUUAUUUAGUACAUACUGGAAGCAAACCGAAAUGGUAUUCGAACGAGACAUUCCAACUUGCUCACCUCGUGAGGAGCUUAUUCACUACCUUAGGCGUGCCCUCAUAUGGUGGGAUCAUCCUCAGAUUGACGCUGCACGAAGAACCGCUAAAACCUGUCCGCCAUCUUAGUAAAGAUGUGCUGAUCUCAAAAGUAAAUCAAUUAAGUUUUCCAGCCGGAAAGAAAUGCAAUCGCUGUCAAUUCCGUUUUGGACUUGUUGAAAUAUAGCAAUAAAAAAAUUGCCGCCAGUCUGAGGAUGAUCCCACCAUAUGAGGGAACCCCUAAUGUACCGAAUAAGCACCUCACGAGGUGAGCAAGACGGAAUGUCUCGUUCUAAUACCAUUUCGGUUUGUUUGCAGUAGGCUUAGCCACAAGUUGCCGAUGAAUCCCAAAAAAGUUGCCGAUAAGUGUCUAAAAGUUGCCAAAAAGUCGCUAUUUUUUUCAAAAAGUUGCCGAAAAGUUGCUGAAUCUCCAAAAAGUUGCCAAAAUUUUUCUGCUUUUCGUACCCAAAGUUGCAGAAAAUUCUAAAAGUUGCCAAAAUUCUAAAAAAGUUGCCAAAAAUCUCAAAAGUUGCCGAAAAGUUGCCUAGUUUGCAGUAUGUACUAAAUAAUACUGUUUAAGAUUUAGGCCUGGAUCCUAAGUAAACGUAUCACGUGAUGCCCUUUUUGCAAAUUGCCUUUUUUGCGAUGCCUUUUUGCGUUAUGCCUCUUUGCGUACUACCUUUUUGCGUUAUGCCUUUUGCGUGUUGGCUCUUUGCGUGAUGGCUCUUUGCGUGAUGACUUUUUGCGUGUUUCAUCUUUGCGUGAUGCCUUUUUGCGUGUUGGCUCUUUGUGUGACGGCCCUUUGGGGGUGACUUUUUGCGUGUUGCCAUUUAGCGUGAUGCCUUUUUCUGCGUGAUACCAAUAUGAUAGUGGCCUUUUUAGCAUUUCUUACAUUUAUCGUGGUCUUUUUUUUACCAACUUUGAAACAGUAUAUUUCAGAUUUGAGUUAACCUUUUUCACUUUUAGGUUUUUUAAUUUUGUUAUAGAUAUACCCUCAUAGAUAGAUAAUAAUGACCACCCUGAAGGUGAUAUUCUUGACAUUGUCAAUGUUUUUAUUUUCAGCUGGACUCGGGUCACUUGCUUUGAGUUUAACAUUUUUUCUUACUCCGCUGCCUGGCUAUUUCUCUGAUCGUUUUGGCUGUCGUAUCACAAACUUCGUGGGAGCCACGCUGUGCAUCACAGGCUUGGUGACGUCAUCAUUUGUUCAGAGCCUCACUCUCAUGUUCCUUACACACGGUCUGCUGCUGGGUUUAGGAAUAUCUUUUAUCUACAGUUCUUGCUUUCUUGUGAUAGCAAAAUACUUCAAAGAGAAGUUAUCCGUAGCAACUGGCAUUGUAGCUUUGGGAGCAGGUUUCGGUGUCUUUUUUACAGGCCCAUUGCUUCAAGUUCUUUUGGACUCGUAUGGCUGGAGAGGUACUUACAGAAUAAUGGUGGUAUCUUUUAUUGUUGUUUGUAUCCUGGGGCUGACUUAUAACCCGAACGUACAAGAAACAACAUUGGUCACUUCCUUUAACAAUGACCAGGACAAAGAAGACAAAAUGAGUAGAAUUUCUCUUUACUGUAGCCUGUGGAGAUUUCCUACUUUCGUCGCCCUGGUCACCUCUAUGCUGCUUACAGGAUUUUCGAUAUACAUUCCAUUAAUUUUUCUGGUAAGUUUUUUUAUUAAAUAAUAAAUAUAAUAUAUAGAUUUAGCCGGGGCUAAAGAGCGAAGCUUCCAUUAAUAAAUAUAUAAUUUAAAUCAAACAAUAAACUUGUAAUCCACAAAUCAGUUAACUGAAGGGCACAUUCAUGUGGCUUUUAAGGGAAAAGCUAAGUGAUUUUAGAGUGAAGCAUCUCACAUCAAGUUGACUUAUAUGUUCACCCAAAAAAUAGCAAUCAACUUCGAUCACAUUCAAGAGCCAUAACGGCCUGAGUCUUUAAGUUUAUGUUUUAAGCCGGCUUCCCGGUGUUUGCUUUUUUCAAAGAUGAACUCGAGGCAAGAAAAUCGCUCAAAGUUUUCUUUCUACAAGCAGAUUUAUAACUAAAUAUUCUUCGGGACGUUUUCUUUCUAUUGCGGUGAGAAAAUAUAUCUAAAGGCUUUUUAAAGUUCUGUAAGGUUAUAUCAAACCUGAUACUAGGUCAGAUCAUUGUCUUAAAUCUUACAAACGUGAAUAAUUAACUUGCCGCAUAAACUGUGCUCGACUUCAUGAGGUUACAUAUAAAAAAAACAAAUAUCAGAUACAAUAAUUACUCAGGCUUACCAUUCGAGAUGCAGCUCCUGAAAGCUAUAAAGUAAGGCCAGAAUCGCUUGAGACUUUUAAACUCCUCUUACGUAUGAAGCAAGGUGAAAAACGAAAACGAUGUCAUCCGAAAUCGGAUUUCCGACUUUGACAAGAGAAGCAUUUCUCAACCAAAAACCCAAUAAACAAACCAGCCAUGAAUAACAGAAGACUCUUGAUAGCAGCUGUAUUUCAUUUUGUACAUCCAGUGGAAAAAGACAUUAAAAAACAUCACAAGUUGACACAAAACUCUGUCAGCUUCAGCUGUCAAAGUAAAAAAGGUUCAAGAUGCUGCAUAAAUGUUUCCCACGAACUCACCUGUCAAAUUUUGACCAAUCAGAGCAUAUACGGUCAGGUGAUACUGGUCAGCGGAUACCCUGUUUUGACAGCUGUCAAUUGAUCACAACAUUGAUGUGCAAUCAGUUUUCUCCUGGGCUCCCAAACUAGCUAGAAAGUGCGAGAGUAAACAUUGGUAUGCCUGUGGUGCGGACGGACGGCCGUUCGUUCGUUUGGUGUACGGUCACGUGAUAACAAAAUUUUCUGGGAUGGGUAGAUUUCUGGGAUGGGUAGAUGGGGCUCCGCCCACGCGCGUGCGAAGCGCGCGGGUGGAGCUCCGCUAUUAAAAUGGGAUUUGAAGACUCCGGUUUUCUUUGAAAAAGAAGAUUUAAUAUUUUUGAUUAUUGUUGCUUAUAGGUGAAAUAUGCAGAGGAUCACGGAAUAACAGCAAAGGAUGCAUCUCUCUUGUUUAUUUUCAUUGGCCUUCUUUCAUCGCUUGGAAGGGCAGUUGCAGGAAUGCUGUACAAGAACAAGAAAGUCAAUCCCAUAUUCAUACAUCAAGCGUCCUUGCUGACAUUGUCUCUUUGCGUAUUUUUGCUUCCGUUUAGUACCAGCUACUGGUCUUUAAUCUUGUUUAGUAUUGUCUAUGGCUUCAGCGAUGGAGUUUUCAUAACAGGGUCUCUGUAUAUUCCACUGAGCUGUGUGGAGAGCAAAAGAAAAACAGCGUCUUUUUGUACUAGCAACUUCCUUUAUUCAUUAGGAGCAGUCAGCGGCAGUCCAAUCGCUGGUGAGUUUUUUGUAAUUAUACUGCUGCGAUAGGACCCGAUUGGCCAACCAUUUUAUGACUUUAGUAUUUUUUUACCACCUUUUACCUUGCUUUGCCGUCAAGGUUCGACGGCGAUAUGAUACCCAUCAAUAAGGUAAAUAUGGUAGAAAGUAUAUAACAAUACCCUGAGUAAGGGAGUCCAAUAGCGUAGAAAUGUGUGAACAGUUGCUCCCGGGGGUUCGCACGCGGCAAAGUGAUUGAUUAAAAAAAGGUUUCCUUUCUAUAAACGUUCUUGACUAUAGAUAGCGCCGGCCUUUUUAUGGCUAGAUAACUAUCUUUUUGUACAAGGACAUCGUAAAGCCUCAAGUCUUAAUUUUGGUUUUUAUAGCAAGGUAUCAUCAGCAUUCUUCUUUGACUGAUAUUUCGUUAUUAACAGGUAUGAUAGUGGACCACACAGGAAGCUACGUUCAUGCAUUCUACAUGAGUAGCGCUGUCGCCAUGGCCGCGUUUCUUAUUCCAAUGAUUUUGAUUCCUAUCAACCGAAAAAAAUCCAAAGUUCAUCCUCAGGAUAACAUGAAAGAAGAUCCGAAAAUGAACAAGGCGGGAUCAGAAGUGAUUGAGAAUCAGAAUAAAGACCAACUGGAAGAAAUCCCUUGUUAGGGGUUCUUUGAGAUGUUUAAGUUGUACUCAGUUUUAAUGUGGAAUCUUUUAUCAUCCCAAUAAGGCUUCCACUAAACACGCAAUUCUAGAUAUGGACAACGCUUGUUAUGCAGGAUUUUUUUUUUGAUGCAAUUGAUGCUAUUAUCUUUAAAGUGGUCUAGAUCACUAUGGUUUCCGCGGCAGUGUUAGCUCAGUCGGUAGAGCGUGUUGACUGCAGAGCGGGAGGUCGCGGGUUCGAUUCCUGGGGCCGGAUCAAUACUCAGGGUCUUAAAAUAACCGAGAAAUGAAGGUAAUCCCUUUGCACUGCAACGGGCUAGACCUUCGCGUGGCUCGGAUGACCACGUAAAAUGGCGAUCCCGUCUCCAGUUGGAGACGUAAAAUAUAGUGUCCCCAAUUAGUACUUUCGUGCUAAAUACAUUGACACUCAAAUAAAAAGU